GUGAGUGUGUGUGAGGGAGAAGAAACAGCACACAGUGGAGUAUUGCUCAGUGACUGGUGGCUGAGGUAAGGUGUAAAGCUGUAGGGGACUUUCUAAUAAUCAGGGGACCUGAAGACCCUGUCUUUUGUCAAAGAGGAAUCAAAACGAUAUCGGCUCUGUAGAGGCUGGACUAAAGGGCUGAAGGAAUAUGGAAGAAAAACAGGAGAAACGGAAUAAAGGUAGAGGAAUGUAUUCAGUGUGACUGUUUUUCCCAAACCACCAUUUUCCAUCCAUCACAUCCGGCGAAACUCACCACCUUCCCAGCACAGAGGGCGGACCUGGCUGGAAGUGUGUGUGUGACAGUAAGAAAGGGAGGAAGAGUGUCUGUGACACCUGUCGUCACUCAUUAUGCUGUUGAUCCAUCUCCAUAGCACUGACACACACAGGUGCAGUUCCUAGCGAGCGCAGCAGAGACACCUGAGAAUUUUCUGACAAACACAUACCUCCUGUCUCAUCUUCUCCAUUGAAAUGGCGAUGUCAGGUUUAAACCGAGCGAUCGCUGCCUUCUGACAGUGUGGAUACCUUCUGUCCAAACUGGCACACUGGAGUUGAGCACAUUCUUAUCAUUAUACUUUCCUGAUUUCAAAUGGAUUCAACCUCUUUGAUCAACAGGUAAUAAUGUGGACCUGAGAAAAGGAUUGAAUGUGAGAUAUCGUGCUUAGGGUAUUUGUCCUCCGGUUUGGAAUACUUGGAACAGAGCGAAAGUCAUAGAGCUCUCUAUUGUUCGUUUUUUUUUUUUGCUAAGUUAUUGUUGCUCUCCGUUUCCGUCCGUCAUUAGCUACGACUACUUGAAGAAUUAACCGAGGUGAAGUCUGUAUCCAUGGACAGCCUUCUCUGACUUAAUCCCACAUAGUUUAACACUGACAGACGUUAUGAGGGUUGACUUUGAGCUCUGAGCAUGUGGAGACUCUUAAGGACCAGACCUAUCCCUCUCUGCUCCUCUCUCACCACGUAACAGACUUGGAAGAGUUAGUGUGCCAUUGUAAGGGACGUGCAGGAGGUGUAUGGCGACUGACAUAAUGAACCUGCAUGGGAACGUAUCGGAGUUGAUCUCUUCUGCCGUCAGAGCCAUAACGCUUCCGUCCUUUGACCCCGACCCUGACCCUUGGCCUAACGGUCCAGAGAGACUUCUAGGAAAUGAAAGCAGGAAUUUUUCAAAUGGGUGUAACGGGAAUGAUGGCGGCAAUGUGCAUGACUUUCCGCCAGGCAACUGGACGCAUAGCGGCAAGGUUUACAGUGAUGAAGCAAGGAUUCUGGCAUCAUCGCAGUGUGUGAAGGGGAUGAAAGCAGUGGACAAGAACUGGGCUGCUUUGCUGAUCCUGGCGGUCAUUGCCGUUACAGUGACGGGUAACAUCCUGGUCAUCAUCGCAGUGUCUCUGGAGAAGAAGCUCCAGAACGCCACCAACUACUUCCUGAUGUCGCUGGCUGUCGCCGACAUGCUGCUGGGCAUCCUGGUCAUGCCCAUCUCCAUGGUGACAAUUCUCUAUGACCACUGGUGGCCCCUGCCCUCGGACCUGUGCCCUAUCUGGAUCUACCUGGAUGUGCUGUUCUCCACAGCCUCCAUCAUGCACCUGUGUGCCAUCUCUCUGGACCGCUACAUCGCCAUCAGAAACCCCCUCCACCACAGCCGCUUCAACUCCCGAACCAAGGCUCGCCUCAAGAUCAUGGCUGUCUGGACCAUCUCUGUGGGUAUCUCCAUGCCCAUCCCUGUCCUAGGCCUGCGGGACCACACAAAGGUAUUUAAAGAUGGCAGCUGCCUGCUGACAGAUGACAGUUUCGUCCUGGUAGGCUCCUUCGUGGCCUUCUUCGUCCCCCUCACCAUCAUGGUGGUCACCUACUUCCUCACCAUCAGCGCCCUGCAGAAUGAGGCUACACUCUGCCUGGACCAGCUCGUGCCCAGGCCCAAGUGGAGUGCCACCCUGACCCUGGGAUUUUUCCCACAGUCCUCGCUCUCCUCAGAGAAGCUCUUCUUCAGGCGUUCGCUCAGCCGCGACACGAGAGGGGUGGGAGGAGGGGUUGGCGGGGCUGGGGUGGACCCGCGGUACGGGCGUCGUACCAUGCAGUCAAUCAGCAAUGAGCAGAAGGCCACCAAGGUCCUGGGUGUGGUCUUCUUCUCGUUCGUGGUCAUGUGGUGUCCCUUCUUCAUCACCAAUGUGCUGGCAGUGGUGUGCAACCCCAUGAACUGUGACCCGUGGGUGAUGGGGGGGCUGCUGAACGUGUUCGUGUGGGUGGGAUACCUCUCCUCAGCCGUCAACCCUCUGGUAUACACUCUGUUCAACAAAACGUACCGUGCAGCCUUCUCCCGCUACGUAUGCUGCCAGUACAGCCCGGAGAGGAAGCCUCUGCAGCUCAUGUUGGUUAAUACCAUCCCUCCACUGGCCUACAACUCCACCCACCUGCCCCUGGAGGAAAUGGGGUCCCUCAGGAAUGGGGCCCACAGUGGUGGAGGACCAAAUCAAACUCAGACAACGACAAGGCACCCAGGGACCAAGAUGAGAGCAUCAGCUGUGUGAGAGGUUGUGAGCUUGUGAGGACUGAAUCUCCCAUAAUCCUAGUGAGAUGUGCUGUGUUUUGAUCACGAUCUCGCCUUGGGAACGGAGGUUCCUGUGCUGGAAUGUGUUCAGUAGCUCUGUGGUGAGACUCAUGCCAGAGAGGAAUAUGUGAAGAGAGAGGGUCCACUCCCGUCAAAAUCUGUCCACUCGCGAAUACAGUGAUAAACUGUAGGAAGUACAGAGAGAGGAAAAGACACAACCUGCCUCACAAACACUUAAACUAGUUACACCAGAAGAGAACAACUGAGCUAAAGCAAAAUUGUCAGCAAUAGCCAGGGGCCACGAGGGGAUACAUUUCCCCAAAAUGUUCAUACACAUAGCCUGGAUACCAGACUGUUUAGCUAACAUUCCACUCCUUGUGUGCCAAAGAUGUUUCACAAUGACACAUUAAGGAGUGGAUUAUUAACUAAACAGACGAGUACCUAAGCUACAGUGGCUUGCGAAAGUAUUCAUCCCCUUGGCAUUCUUCCUAUUUUGUUACCUUACAACCUGGAAUUUAAUGUCAAUACUUUGUAGAGCCACCUUUUGCAGCAAUUACAGCUGCAAGUCUCUUGGGGUAUGUUUCUAUAAGCUUGGCACAUCUAGCCACUCUGAUUUUUGCCCAUUGUUCAAGGCAAAACUGCUCCAGCUCCUUCAAGUUGGAUGGGUUCCACUGGUGUACAGCUAUCUUUAAGUCAUACCGCAGAUUCUCAAUUGGAAUUAGGUCUGGGCUUUGACUAGGCCAUUCCAAGACAUUUAAAUGUUUCCCCUUAAACCACUCGAGUGUUGCUUUAGCAGUAUGCUUUGGGUAAUUGUCCUGCUGGAAGGUGAACCUCCGUCACAGUCUCAAAUCUCUUGAAGACUGAAACAGUUUUCCCUCAAUAAUUUCCCUGUAUUUAGCGCCAUCCAUCAUUCCUUCAAUUCUGACCAGUUUCCCAGUCCCUGCCGAUGAAAAAUAUACCUACAGCAUGAUGCUGCCACCACUAUGCUUCACUUUAGGGAUGGUAUUCUCGGGGUGAUGAGAGGUGUUGGGUUUGUGCCAGACAUAGCGUUUUCCUUGAUGACCAAAAAGCUCAAUUUUAGUCUCAUCUAAGCUGAGUACCUUCUUCCAUAUGUUUGGGGAGUCUCCCACAUGCCUUUUGGCGAACACCAAAUGUGUCUGCUUAUUUUUUUCUUUAAGCAAUGGCUUUUUUCUGGUCACACGUCCAUAAAGCCCAGCUCUAUGGAGUGUACGGCUUAAAGUGGUCCUAUGGACAGAUACUCCAAUCUCCGCUGUGGAGCCUUCCAGUUCCUUCAGGGAUAUCUUUGGUCUCUUUAUUGCCUCUCUGAUUAAUGCCCUCCUUGCCUGGUCCAUGCGUUUUGGUGGGCGGCCCUCUCUUGGCAGGUUUGUUGUGGUGCCAUAUUCUUUCCAUUUUUUAAUAAUCGAUUUAAUGGUGCUCUGUGAGAUGUUCAAAGUUUCAUAUGUUUUUUUAUAACCCAACCCUGAUCUGUACUUCUCCACAACUUCGUCCCUGACAUGUUUGGAGAGCUCCUUGGUCUUCAUGGUGCUGCUUGCUUGGUGGUGCCCUUUGCCUAGUGGUGUUGCAGAUUCUGGGGACUUUCAGAAAAGGUGGAAGUAUACUCAGAUCAUGUGCCCACUUAGAUUGCACACAUGUGGACUUUAUUUAACUAAUUAUGUGACUUCUGAAGGUAAUUGGUUGCACCAGAUCUUAUUUACGGGUUUCAAAGCAAAGGGGGUGAAUACAUAUAAACGCACCACUUUUCCGAUAAAUUGUUGUUUUUUAAAUUUCACUUCACCAAUUUGGACUAUUUUGUGUAUGUCCAUUACAUGAAAUCCAAAUAAAUAAAAUAAAAUAAAUAAAAAUCCAUUUAAAUUACAGGUUGUAAUGCAACAAAAUAGGAAAAAUGUCAAGGGGGUGAAUAAGUUUGUAAGGAACUGUUGCAUACACCAUAUACAAAUAUAUAUUUGUGUAAAUACAUUGUGCAAAUCCGUAAAUAAAUGUGUGUAUUUUUGUUGUCGUUACCCGAAGAUACUGAGCUAAUUACUGUAUUUUCUUGUGUUUCCUUCAUGCAGUAUAAAGACACAGAAAUGUGUAUAGGUGGGAUGUAGGCUAAUGAAGA